CUGUAUCCAUGUGUGGUUCCCUCCCUCUCUCUGUUACGUAUGUCUGCAAAAUGGGUCUUGAAAAAUUUGGCUCGUUCCCUGAAUAAAUGCAAGCACUUUUGUACCCAUCCUGCCUGGAGGUCAUAUUUUGUUAUGUGUACUCCCUUCCCUGCUGUACACUGGUGAUGCAGCAGUGAUGGCGACUGAAGAGAAUAAGGUCAGAGCUACAACGGCCACCAGUGGUGAUGGGUCUGCUGGUAGAGGAGAGAGGGAGGGGGCCGACACCAGCCUCUCACCUGAGCUAGUAAUGGAGCUGAAAAAAGAUUUUAUAUUCCCUAUGAAGGACGCACAGCCCCAGCUACUAAAAGAUUGCAGGGUGUCCAUUAAAGACCGCCAGAGGAAGCAGCUGGUUUGUGCAGCUUGUAAGAAGCAUAUGAAUAAUAUUAAGACAGCCAAAUCUCACAUUGAGACCAAGGAACACAAAAUCAAACUGAAGGAGCAUGAGCUGGAGAGGUUCCUGCCAGCCCUACCCAGGGAGUACCCAGCUGAGUCCCUCCAGUCCCUCACAGAUUUCCUCACCAAGACCUUCCAGGACCACUCUGCCAGGGAGCAGAGAGAGACUCGGUUCAGUGUGGCCACCGAGCUGCAGGGCUACCUCAAUGAGGAUGGCCUAGAUGUGACAGUGAGUGUGUUUGGUUCCAGUGCAUCUGGAUUUGCUCUGAAGUCCAGCAAUGUUAAUCUCAACGUCAACUUCUCUACACCAACUGAAAACCCGUUGGUGAUUGCUCGCUCUAUGAAAGGUGUUGCUGAGUGUCUGAGGAAUGGAGGUGAAACUUAUGAGGAUGUGGAGGAAGACUACUUUUCUUUCAAUAGGAUCCCUAGGAUUCUUUUUCAACACAAGCACAGUAAGCUGAAGUGUGAAAUACGUAUUGAAGCUGGAAAUCCAGCUGCUUUGUGCUCACUCCUCAAACUCUAUGGUGAGAUUGAUGUCCGCUGUGUCCAACUUGCUGUCCUGUUCAGACUCUGGGCCAGGAUAUGUGGUCUUGACAGCCAGGAGAGCGGCCACUACCCUGGACACAUGUUUGUGUUGAUGGUCAUUCAUUUCCUGCAGCAAAUCAAUGUUCUUCCUAUUCUUCAUGAGCUGUACAAGGAAAAGACAGGAAAGUCAAAAAAGUACAGUGGUAAAAGUGGAAGCGGGCCAACAAGUCCAGAAACCAAAGCACCCACACCACAGCACAGCACGAAGCCUGGUGAUAAAGACAGCAGUGGAGGGACUGAUCAGGAAGGGGUUGGGGAGGGGGAAGGGGAUGAAGACGACAUUGUCGUGUUUGAAGAAUCUGAGACGGGGAGGGCGGCCGGUGGUGAUGAAGUGGAAGAUGAUGGGGCAGAGAAGGAUGCAAAGGAGAAAGUAGGGGAGAGGAAGCAGUACAAGGUUGAUUAUUUCUCUCUCGUGAGUGAGCUGUCCAGCCAGUGGGAAACAUCAAAUCAUCAGUCAUUGGGGGAACUCUGGCUUGGUUUGCUUAUGUACUAUGCAAUUGAUUUCAAGGUCCAGGAACACGCUGUGAGCAUUCGCCAGAAGCAAUCUCUUUUGAGAAAGUCCCGACAAUGGGGGGAUGUUAGACUAGCUGUGGAAGAUCCCAUGGUAUUUAACAGCAAUCUUGGAAGAGGCUCAACCUCUAAUCUAGUGUACAGCUACCUGAUGGGCAGUUUGAGGCUCACUGCACUUUACUUCAAUGUCUACAGUGACCCGUCGUCAUCCACAACUCUGACUGAGUCACAAAGUUUUAGAAACAAUGUCAAACGUGAUGAUACGUCAUCUGCCAGCAUUAGUUGGAAUAAUACGGACUGUGGUGGAUCAAGGUCGUCAGGUGGACAUGAGAAAACAGAAGUCGUGAGGGGGGAGAGGGAGGGAUUGGGAGGGAGUAUUGAGCACCAGGACAGCAGCAUUGUUUCCGUCUCAUCAUCUGUCCUAGUAGCCAGCACACGGUCUCAAGAGGAUGUCCAUUCACCUGUGGACCUCACUUUCCUCAAUAAGCAACCCUCAGAGGCAUCUGGCCAGCAGGCAGCAGGAGACCUUCAUCCUUGCCAUGAGUCAGGGUGCACCCAUGAGGUGGCACCACAAACGAUGCCCUCUGACAAGGCUUGUCCCACGGAGUGUGUUGAAGAUGAAUUUGAAGGUCUGGCCAUCACGGCGGAGGGUCAGAUUUCUCAAAAAGAGGCAGACAAAGAGGAAUCUACACAGAUAUCUUCGUCUCCCAAAGUAUUGUCAUCUAAUGAAGCCUCCACCACUGCCUUCCAAGAGUGUGACAAUGAUCCUUGUAAUUCAAGGAAAACUCUCGUGUUUGCUAGGGAAGAAUUUGUCUUUCAGGAAUAUCCACUGGCAUGUUUAAACUGUAAGAAACUGAAGCACACAAUACUGGAGUGUCCUGAGCUUGACCUGGCAUCCAAGUAUAAAGAAAUGCUUCCAGACAAGUACCCUAGCAGUUUUUAUUUGAAAUGCAUCAGCAGUUGCUUCGCUGAAAACAUGAGAAUGGAGCUGCCAGAUGAAGCUGAUAUCCUGAUGCGUCAAGAAAUAUUGAGGUCUAUUCUUGCAGAUAUCACUGGUCUCUACCCAUGUGCCAAGCUGGAAAUGUUUGGUUCCUCUGCUAAUGGAUUUGGCUCAAAAAGUAGUGACCUGGACAUCUGCUUGACUAUACCUGAUCAUGACAAGGAAUCAAGAGCAGAGAUUAUUGAGCGAAUUGCACAAGAUAUAAAGAAAAAAAGAAGGAAAUAUGAGCAAGUGUUUCCCAUCACAAGUGCCCGGGUUCCCAUCGUCAAGUUUGUUAUGGGAAACUGGAAAAUGCAGUGUGAUAUCAGCCUGGAGAACAAACUGGCUCUAAGAAACACAAAGUUGCUGGCUGCCUACACCAUGAUUGACAGCCGUGUUCCUGAACUCGGCUGUGCUCUCAAACGACUCGCUAAGUCAUGCGAUGUAUGUGACGCAGCAAGUGGAAGUCUCUCCUCCUAUGCCUACAUCCUCAUGCUACUGCACUACCUCCAGAAUGUCACACCUCCUGUGAUACCAGUCCUGCAACAGUUGAAACCACCCGGUGUCAAAACUGAGGGACAUGUUAUAGAUGACUGGGAUUGCUACUAUUAUAGAUUCACGACAAUAGAGGACCUGAAACAGGUAUGGCCGAGCUACCACACAAACACCAGUACUACGGCAGAGCUGUGGCUUGGCAUGCUAAGGUACUAUACAACCGAGUUCAACUGGAACUUCAAUGUGGUAACUAUGAAGCAGAAAGAACCACUGUCGAAAUUUGACAAGUGGUGGAUGGGCAAACCCAUGUGCAUUGAAGAUCCUUUUAAUCUGGAUCAUAAUUUGGGUGGUGGGAUCUCCAACAGAAUGAGGAUGUAUAUCUUGGACAGGUUCAUGGAUGCUUUGAACUACCACUGCAGGGAUCGAAAGUGGAAGAGCAUUAGACAACUAAUGGAUCCUGUGGAACUCAAGGGAGAAACACGACCACCAAAGUUCAUGAGGUGUCACACCUGUGGAAGCAGGGGACACAAGGCAUCAGAAUGUCCCAAAAAAGAUCAACUUCAACCUCAGCGGAGCACUCAACAAAAGACUAGGAAUCAAGAGAAGAGGACCAAAAUGAAUCCUCGAGAAAGAGUGGUGUACAAUGUUCCAACUCCCAAAAGGAGAGAAAUGACCCCACCGGGAGGGGUACACAAACCCAACCCAGUGAUGCCUCAGAUGUACACCAACAGCUCCCUCAUCCCAAAUAAUCCUCUUUCUCCUCCUCCACAUCCUCUAUUUCUGCCUACUUCAACUGCAGCCCAUCAGCACAGCCCCAUAUCUCCUCAGGGACCUUUUCUUUAUCCCCGGUAUCCUUCUGGCUUCCCCAACUUUAAUGCAAGCCCUGGCAUUCUUCAGGCUCCUGCAGUGACUCCACCACCAGCACUGAGCCUGCCCUAUGGACACUCUAACUCCUACCCUUCACCGUACCCACACAUGGUCGUCCGGCCACGGUACUUCAUGCCACAUACGGCUGGAAGGAGCCCACCGUACAGACAGUACAACCAGCAGCCGUCUGCCCUGUUCCAGCACGCACCUAUGGGUACUCCCACCUCCAUCGGUCAAGACCCACACGCCAUUCGACAGAGUAUUCCGACACACUACCACACAGAGUAACCCCGGAUUGCCUAAUCAGCACUUGUCAGCGCCACCUGUUUACUCAACCGACACGCAUGACUCUGCCAGGAAAGUACAAAAGGGAAGAAGAACACCGUCAGGAACACCACAGACAGAGUUGCUAUUAUAAUUAUUAUGGGACCAUGUAUGAGCUACCUAUGUUUUGAGUUAUUUUAUUUUUUGACGACCGA